AUGGAGUUCUUUGUCAAAACCCUUUCUUAUAUCUCCCUGCUCUUCUGCUGUGUGGAAGCAGCAACCAGUCGUCCGAACACUGUGGAACUUGCUUUGACAAGCAAUUUCGGGAACAAAAUCGGCGAAAUGUAUGGUGUCAACCUCACUAUUGGCACNCCCGGGCAGUCUCAGAUGAUCCUGUUGGACACCGGAAGCAGUGACACGAUCUUCGUCGCCUCAAAUGCGUCGAUAUGCGACAAGGCUGGCUGCGAUGGCGGCACUUUUGAUUUAUCUAAGUCACCGACAUUCAAAAUGACAGAAUCUGGGGCUCUCAACAUGCGCUACGCUGAUGGCACUAANAUUCAGGGCGACUUGACCACGGAUGUGGUCCACNNUUUGGACGGACUGCUAACACGUUUUGCAGAAGACCGCGCGAUAACAGACUUCCCAAUGGGACUUGCUAAGGAAGGAUAUCUGCCCUAUGCCCCUCGCGUUGGAGUUCUGGGUCUGGGUUAUUCAAGUCGGACGGCUCAUCCUAUGUACCACAACGGAGUAAAGUCCUUCCCGGGCUUCGUUGAUACCCUCGUCCAAGCUGGUGCCAUAUCUUCACGUCUCUACAGCAUCUACCUCAAUACACUGGAUCUUUACGGCUCAAUACUAUUUGGUGGCGUAGAUACAGACAAGUAUAAGGGUCCAUUGACCACACUCAACUUAUUGAGACUCAACCAGCCUCACCACAUAGAUGACUUCCAGUUGAUGCUAAGGAAGGUCACUAUGCAACCUAACAACGGACCCAAUCAGACCAUCUUUCAAGCUACAGAAAACAUAAAAUGGUACACCAAAUUGGAUACGGGUACCCCCAACUGGGUACUCCCAAGUAGCGCGUACCACAAGCUCAUCGGUUACGCGGGAGUAUUGCCAGAAGGAGGUUAUUACAGUCGGAGUGGAAUUUCUAAGAACAGCUUUAUCAAGCCUUGCAAUGAAGUAACUCGUGACGUUGACAAUACCACUCGUCUCGAGCUUACAUUCGCCGGUAAUGGAACCAAUACCGCCACACUGCAACUUGAUCUAGCUGAUUUGUUCACUCCACUCACGGAUCAAAACGGGAGUGCUAUAGUCAACAGACUAGGCCAACAGAUGUGCUGGCUACGGGUCAAAGAGGCUUCAUCCGAGUCGGCAAGUUCUAUGACGAGUAGCGGUGUCAUGAGGGCUGGUUACUGGGUGUUGGAUCUGGAUAACGGGCAGGUGUCCAUAGCACAAGCCAACCUUCGGGCAAAUUCGUCAAAUGUUGUCCAAGUAGAAGCGGGCACAGAGGGCCUGAGAAAAGCUGCGAACAAUGUCAGGGCUGCGUCUCAGGGGGUCGGGGUUAAAGGUCAAAUAUCUGCUUCGGUGGUACCCAGACUGUCGACACUUGCCAGUACUGCCGGCUACACUACGCAUACAAGUUCUCAGUCAAUUGCAACCGAAACUGCCAGGCCGCAGAAAACCUCAUCUGGUUCUGGGAGCAGUGCACCGAUGCGUCGUUCAGAGAAUGCAGCCGCUGCCAUGAUGGUACCUGGAACGGUCGGGCUCUUGUAUCUUGGUGCUUUCUUUAUUGCACUCUCAACCAAAAUUUUGUUGUAG